UACGGCAGGCGGGAGGAACAAACUGUCGUUUCUGUUUUGAGUCUGGUUUCCACGUUAGUGUGUACCGUCAGGGUCUAGUGUAAACUCUUGGCAGAGGUGAAAUCUGCUGGACCAUGUCGGCCUUCGAAAAACCUCAGAUCAUCGCCCACGUGCAGAAAAGCCUCAACUAUACGGUGUUUGACUGUAAGUGGGUGCCUUGCAGCGCAAAAUUUGUGACCAUGGGCAACUUCGCACGGGGCACCGGAGUUAUUCAGCUGUACGAGAUCCAGCACGGGGACCUAAAGCUGCUUCGGGAGAUUGAAAAGGCCAAACCCAUUAAAUGUGGAACAUUCGGUGCAGCAUCUUUACAGCAGAGAUACUUAGCUACUGGAGAUUUUGGCGGCAACCUUCAUAUAUGGAAUUUGGAAGCUCCAGAGACCCCAGUAUAUUCAGUCAAAAGCCACAAAGAAAUCAUAAAUUGUAUAGAUGGCGUAGGUGGGCUCGGGAUUGGAGAAGGAGCACCUGAGAUUGUGACUGGCAGCCGAGAUGGAACUGUGAAGGUUUGGGACCCAAGGCAAAAAGAUGAUCCUGUUGCUAAUAUGGAACCUGUUCAAGGAGAAAACAAGAGAGACUGUUGGACUGUGGCAUUUGGCAAUGCUUAUAACCAGGAGGAACGUGUUGUUUGUGCCGGCUAUGACAAUGGGGAUAUCAAACUGUUUGACCUCAGAAAUAUGUCACUGCGAUGGGAGACAAACAUAAAAAAUGGGGUAUGUAGUGUGGAGUUUGACAGAAAAGACAUAAGUAUGAAUAAAUUAGUAGCUACAUCUCUGGAAGGAAAGUUUCAUGUUUUUGACAUGAGGACACAGCAUCCAACCAAAGGUUUUGCUUCUGUCUCAGAAAAGGCUCAUAAAUCCACAGUAUGGCAGGUUCGACACCUGCCUCAGAACAGGGAGCUCUUUCUGACAGCUGGGGGCGCCGGCGGCCUUCACCUCUGGAAGUACGAAUACCCUGCUCAGCGAUCCAAGAAGGAUUCGGAGGGCGUGGAGAUGGGCGUCGCGGGUUCCGUGAGCCUUCUGCAGAAUGUCACCUUGUCUACCCAGCCUAUUUCAAGCUUGGACUGGAGUCCAGAUAAAAGGGGUCUUUGCAUCUGUAGUUCAUUUGAUCAAAUGGUCAGAGUACUGAUAAUUACAAAGCUCAAUAAAAUUUGAGCUGAAUGAAGCCUUUGGGCUUAGAACCUUCCAGUAUAAUACUCAGAAUUUAGAAUAUGUUCUCCGAUCCUCUCACCCUCUGAACAAAGUUGGAUUUUGACUGUUGGAAAAGGGCCCUGGAAGCAGACCUCAGGGUUGACUGUGGAGGCGUGAACACUGGCCACUUUGUUCCGUGCUGGACAACACUGGACAUGCAGCUCUGCCUCCAGCGCCAGCUCUGUGCCUUGCCCACUUUUUCUACUAAAAAGUUGAUAGUUCCAAAUAUAUUCUGUAGCCCUGAAGUUCUACAGUUUAUCAUCACACUUGUUUCAUUUUAGUGUUCACAGUAUUGAGGGCUGGGAUCACCAAAUUUGGUUUUAUAUGGUUUGCCUUGGUAAAACUAUAAAUUAACCUUCUCAUUGUACUUGUAAGUACAUGGUGAGAGAUUUCAGUGUCAGGGGGUGUCUUCAGAGAACUGUACCAAAGUGGAGUGGCUAGCCUGGAUCUGUCAACUGUUUUCCGCAUUAUCACUUACAAAGAAAUGCUGUGAUUUACCAAAUAGGAAUUGGGGCCAGAGAGAUAGUACAGUGAGUUCCGUCCCUGGCACCAGAUAUGGUACCCCCAAGCACCACCAGUAAUAAUCCUUAAGUGUAGAGCCAGAGUAAGUCCUUAGCACAAUUGGGUGUGGCCCCAAAACAUAAUCAAAACCAGGAAUUGGGGACCGGAAGUAGUAUAGGGGUGGGGUACUUAUACACCUGACCUGGGUUCAAUCCCCAGCAUCCUCUGUGGACCCUGAGUCUCACCUCAGGAGUGAUCCCUGAGUGCAGAACCAAGAGUAAACUCUGAGCACCGCCAGGUGUGAUCCAAGCCUCCUUCCCUCUCUCUCUCCACCCCACCCCCCACCACCACCACCCAAAAAAAAAAACACCAAGAAUUGAAUUAAUGAGACUUGGUUGUUAACUGUGGUUAUGUUGAGAUGUACAAGAUGGGGCGAGGCUGUGUGUGUGUGUGGAAGGGGACCGGGGCUGGGUUAUUUUUUUUCUUUUUUGUCAAGGUUUUUAAUAUAUUUUAUCAAUUUGUUUUUGUUUUUGAGAUCUAUGGAAGCCAUAAUCAUUUUUUACCGAACAAUUAUAAUAAAGUCAACAGCAUCA